AUGCAGCAAGGCCUCGAAUCCUCCCGAUGGGCACCCCUGUCCCGCCGAGCACACCACCUCGCUCGCCACGAGACCAGGUCGCGCUCCCUGCCGCCCGCCGCCGCCGCGCCGCCGCCGCGCCACUCGCCAGACGCACCGUCGAUACCGUCGCCAGCCCGAGCGCAGGCCUUCCACCGCCUGCAGCAGACGUGCCAGAGGCUGCGCUGGAAAUCCAUCGACCUCGAAAGCUCCUACAGCCGCGCGCUGACGCCCCUCGAAUGGGGCUUCGAGGCCCCCGACGCCGAGAGGAACUUCAAGGUCGAUUUUCACGAGUUCUACGCGUGGAUAGAGCAGGCCGUCGUGUUUCUGCUGCGCGUGUUUGGGGUCGCGGUGCACAAGGGCGCGGGAGGGCGCGCGGGCCACUCGCACCACCACGACGUGCUGAGGGCGCUGGACAGGGAGGACGGCCCUCUGCGCGCCACGCUGGGCAGCGGGGACGUGAACCACGCGCUGUGGAAGGCCAAGGAGCUGCGGAACAGGUGGAAGGACGCGGCCGAGGGGAGGGAGACGCCGCCUCUGAAGAUGUACGACCUGCGGUGGAUUGUGACGCAGAUCCUGGGCGGGUUGGAAGAGGCGUACCUGGUUGCCGGCCGGGAGGUCGGGAUGGAUCCUGGAUGGGACGACGGUGAGGGUGAGGACGGGUGGGAGUGGAUGGUGGAGAGCAUGGAUUGGGAGGCCGAUUAG